AUGGCGGGCAAGAUUGACACUUGGACCUUCACGAGAAGAGGCUUUCUGCUGGCCUGCUCCAGUCAGUCUGACUCUGUGACUGGAAAGUUCACCCUGGCUCCAUCCUUUGCUCUCCAGUUGUACAAGAUGGGCUCCUUCAGGAGGCCCAGACCUCGUUUCAUGAGCUCCCCAGUGCUCAGCGACUUGCCGCGUUUCCAAGCGACCCGUCAGGCUUUGCAGCUGAGCUCCAAUUCUGCGUGGAACAGUGUUCAAACAGCAGUGAUAAAUGUGUUCAAAGGGGGAGGCUUGCAGAACAAUGAACUUUACAYGCUCAAUGAAAAUAUCAGGCGGCUGCUGAAGAGUGAGCUCGGAUCCUUCAUCACAGAUUAUUUCCAGAACCAACUCCUUGCGAAGGGCUUGCUGUUUAUAGAGGAGAAGGUUAAGCUGUGUGAAGGUGAGGAUCGCAUUGAUAUCCUGUCUGAAAUUUGGGAUCAGUACUUCACAGAAACCCUUCCCACACUCCAGGCAAUAUUUUAUCCAGUUCAGGGUCAGGAGUUGACAAUCCGUCAGAUUGCUCUUCUUGGYUUCAGAGACUUGGUCUUGUUAAAAGUGAAAUUGGAAGAGAUCCUACCUCUGCUUCAGACAAAGCUCCCAGCUUCCAUUGUCCAAAUGCUAUUAAUUCUGCAGAGUGUYCAUGAGCCUACUGGCCCCAGUGAGGGCUAUCUGCAGCUGGAAGAACUGGUCAAACAGGUGGUAUCGCCCUACUUGGGCUUGUGUGAGGACCAGAGCUUCCCUGGAAGCUCCUGCUUACUUGAGAGACGGUACUCCAGAUUGCGUCCUAAGCCUGGUAUUCUGAAUUAUUCCUCUCAAAUGGUGACGAGUCGGCAGCCCAGCGAGAUGGCUCUGACACCGCUGACAGAGCAGGAGGGUGAGGCUUACCUGGAAAAAUGCGGUAGCAUUCGGCGCCACACAGUUGCCAAUGCUCACUCUGAUAUUCAGCUCCUGGCAAUGGCCUCCAUGAUGCACACAGGAAUGGUCAUUGAAGARUCAGACAGUAACGAGAAGUGCCUUCUCCUGCAGGCCAGUUUCAGCCACAGGCAGUGCUCCAGUGAGCCCAGCAUUGCUGACGGGCCAGAAGCAGUCAUGGCAGCAGGUAGACAGGACGCUGCAGAGCUGAACUGCACCUCCGUCAGCUAGAAGAAGUCUUGCUGAAGAGACAAGAACUGUGUGCACUAAGCUGGAGAAAUUAUCCUGUCAUGUCCCCUGGGGAAAGAGGAGAAUAUGAUCUUGGCUCACGUCAUUGAAAUGUUUGGGUGGGGUGUCUUAGGUCUCUUUGGAAAUGCUCUGUAGAUUUAUGUUUCCUGACUUCAGUCAUUGUUGAUGGAGGUACUGGACUGCUCCUAGACAAGCACUGAGGACUACAAAGGUUUCAUUGCUGAACAYUGCAGUCUGUCUUCUGCAAACUGUCUUCCUGUACUGGCCCAAAUCUUUAGGCCUCCAUUUCCCUUCUGUUUCUUUGGUAUGAUACAAAUUGGCCUCAUUGUGCUUUUGUGCAUCUUUCCCAAAACUGCACUGCUUGCUUGCUCUGCGCUUCUGUAGCGGAGUGCAGUGUUUAGCAGACUGCUUUAGCACCUUCUGUCUGCCUCUGGCACUAGGAUGGCAGUGGCUGCAUUUUUGAAGUUGAACUCAGGCGUAAACCCUGCAUCUUACAGAAAAAUCUGUUCCAAUACCUUGUGAGAGAAGGAAACCCUUUUCUUCGCCUCCCCUGAGCACAAGUAAAAAGUCCAAAUCUCAACAAAGCUGAACUGAACGGGAUAUAUGUGGAGGCCCAAAUGAGUACUGUAUAUGUAUUUUGUUUGGUUCCAGUGGUAUCUUUAGGAGUAGUAAAAUAGGUGCAAAGGCAGGAGAGAGUGUGGGCAAAAUAUUGAGCAUUUUGGCAUUUAUCAUCAAUUUUCCCUCCAAAGUUUAGUUGGGCUGCCUGAAACGAUAUAUCUAAAUGGAUUCCUUCAAAAGGGAAAUUCUUWACAGAGUCUGCACUUCUGUGUGAGGAAGACAUAAAAGUGCUUGUCAAGACUGGACCAUCGUGAUUGCAGGGCACAAGCUGACAGAAGGAUUUCAUCCUUGGGCCUUUCUGUUACCUCCUGGACUUGUGGAUUUUGUGAGACCAAAGAUAACCAGCUAUAUGUAGAAAGGUAUCUUGUCUUUCCAGCAUACCCAUGAARUACUUCUGGCCUUCAGUGGUGUUUGAUUCAGUGCAGUAUUUCUUUAGAGACAGCCCAAGAGCUAUUUGCAGUCUUUGUUUUAGUUUCAAAGAUCAAAAGUGGGCCCAGUUCUCAUGAACUGCAAGUGUGCCUGUGUCAGGCACCGCAGUCCUCUUUACAGCAUUGCUUCGUACUCAAACACUGCUUCUGUUGGAACACAACCAAUCUGUUUGAGCAGACCCCUGGGAUGCCCUGCUGGUGUCUAGCUAAGCAGAUUUGCAAGUGUAAUUACAGGCUUAGAGGUGAACUGAAUUGCUGCCCUAAAUGUCAAAUCCCAUUAAAAAUGUGGCUAUGACACCACGGCCACUAGAAUCCUGUCCCUGUGGUACUGACUAUAAAUAAAUCUAUCUUGACAGGGAAAACAGAAGACUAGAUGAGCCCUACAGGGGCUUUUUUUU